AUGGACGUAUUCGACAAACACUAUCAUAGCUAUCGUACUGUGUUGAAAAUCGUAGGAUUAUGGCCGUAUGAUAACUCAAUUUAUGUGUGGAUUCAGAGAUUAUUGCUAUUGACAUUGUUUCUUGGCAAUGUAAUAUUUCAGAUUGUGUCACUUUUAAGAUCUGAAAUUACGUUACGAAAUUGUAUUUUAAUAUUGUCUACAACCUGUCCGCUUAUAAUAAUUUCGUUACGAUAUAUAAGUUUUAUAAUAUUUUUCCCUAUGAUAAAAUAUUUAUUUCAUCAUAUGCGUAUGGAGGAAAAUAUAGUACAAGAUUCAAUAGAAAUACGAAUACGAAAAAAAUGCCUCAACGAUUCCUGUCAUAUGAUUGAUAUUUUUCUCUGGAUGAUUUAUGCAACUAUUGCAUUGUGCAAUAUAUUGUUAUUGUAUCCUAUAAUAUUGGAUUUUAUAAUGCCUUUGAACGAAUCUCGUACACAUAUCGCUCAUUAUAUUACUAUAUUUUCUAAUAAAAGAAUCAUAUAUGUUGAUAUUCUAUGCUUGAAUUAUAUGUUUCUUAUGAUAUUUGUAAUAUUAUCUGUAACAUGUACGGAAUCGAUACUUGGACUUUAUAGUUAUCAUACAGGUGUGUUGUUUAAAAUUAUUAGCCAUCGAAUACAAAAGAUUAUUAUAUAUUUAACUAUAGUCAAUCUCUCAUCGAAACAAAUGGACUCGAAACUCAGAGAGCUUUAUCGCGUGAUAGAUAUUCAUAACCAAGCUAUCCAGUUGCUAAAAAAUGCGAUUAUAAUUACUAAGGAUCAUUUAGAAAUUUUAAUUUGUCUCAUCUUAUUUGUCAAGCAGUUGAUGAUUAUGCUUUUAUGUAACCAUAGUGGUCAAAUACUUAUAGACAACAGUGAAGAAUUAUUUGAUGAAUUAUAUUUUUCUAUAUGGUAUUUUGUACCGUUAAAGGUACAAAAGAUUUUAUUAUUGAUUAUGACACGAAGCUCAACAGCAUGUAUGUUUCACAUCUUAGGUGUAUUCACUCCAUGUUAUGCAGGAUUUACAACGAUGUUAAGUACUUCUUUCUCAUAUUUUACUUUGAUGUACUCGCUACAAUAG